GAAGGCUAUAGCUACAGAAAUUCGUGUCUCUGUCAUUGUCUCUGUCCUUGAGUUGAAUUGGUAGACCUGAAACAUUCAACAAUUCCACUUGAUUGAAAAGUUUGGCCAUCUUCUUUCUUCAAAUUUACCUUGCAAUUCCAGCCUACUUUUCUCAAACCCUUUUCCAAGUUGCCUUCUUUAUCACUUUCUCUCCAAAUCCUCAUCUGGGUUCUCUCUCCCUUACCUUUCUGAUCCAAAAGUCUUUUGUUUCUCUCUCUCUCUCUCUCUCUCUCUCUCUCUCUCUCCUCUGCAAUUCCAGCAUAAGAGGUAUUACUUGAGCAAAAACAACAAAUGGGCAAGUGUCUAAGCAAAAGCAAAGAUUCAGAGCGACAACGUAAUGGUUACAUAUCAGUAGGUGGCGGAGAAGGAGGAGGUGGGGUCCACCAGCAGAAACCCCAUAGCCAUGAAGCUGCUGCUGUUCAUCAACAACGACCCGAAAAACGCGGUCUGCCAGUCAACCAAGAACCCCAACCAGCAUGGAAGCCGACAGUCCCGGCUAGAACCCCCAAACCAGCAGCUCAAAGGCCGGCAGACAACACAAUCCUCGGAAAACCGUUUGAGGAUGUCAGGGUGCACUACACCAUUGGGAAAGAACUGGGCAGAGGCCAAUUCGGCGUGACCUAUCUCUGCACCGAGAUUUCGACCGGCAAGAAGUACGCCUGCAAGUCGAUUUCGAAGCGGAAGCUUGUCACCAAGAACGACAAGGAGGACAUCAAGAGGGAGAUUCAGAUCAUGCAGGAUUUGAGCGGGCAGCCCAACAUUGUGGAGUUCAAAGGUUGUUACGAGGACAAGCAGUCUGUCCAUGUUUGUAUGGAGCUGUGUGCAGGUGGAGAGCUGUUUGAUAGGAUCCUUGCCAAGGGACAUUACAGCGAGAGAGCGGCUUCUUCAAUAUGCCGGGCGAUUGUUAAUGUUGUCCACAUCUGUCAUUUUAUGGGGGUGAUGCAUCGGGACCUGAAACCGGAGAAUUUCUUGCUCUCUAGCAAGGAUGAGAAUGCCCUUCUCAAGGCUACCGAUUUCGGGUUGUCCGUCUUCAUUGAAGAAGGAAAGGUGUAUCGUGAUAUGGUUGGGAGUGCUUACUAUGUUGCUCCAGAAGUAUUGCGACGCAGAUAUGGGAAGGAAAUAGACAUUUGGAGUGCAGGAGUUAUAUUGUAUAUUUUACUAAGUGGAGUGCCUCCAUUUUGGGCAGAAACGGAGAAGGGGAUAUUUGAUGCCAUAAUGGAGGGAGAGAUUGACUUUUCAAGUUCACCGUGGCCAUCUAUAUCAAACAGUGCCAAGGACCUAGUCCGGAAGAUGCUAACACAGGACCCUAAAAAACGUAUCACUUCGAGUCAGGUUCUAGAACAUCCAUGGAUCAGAGAUGGCGGAGAAGCUUCAGACAAACCCAUAGACAGUGCAGUGCUUUCUAGGAUGAAGCAGUUCAGAGCUAUGAACAAACUGAAAAAACUUGCAUUGAAGGUUAUUGCCGAAAAUCUUUCUGAAGAAGAAAUACAUGGGCUGAAGGCAAUGUUUACAAACUUGGACACUGACAAUAGUGGAACCAUCACUUAUGAUGAACUCAAGUCAGGAUUGGCUCGACUUGGUUCUAAGCUCACAGAGGCUGAAGUCAAGCAGCUAAUGGAAGCUGUACAUAUCAUUCAAUUUAAAAUAUCCAAGUUUUCUUUUACCUUUCGCAUCCCACCCAACUCAUAUUCUGCAUUUGCAUUUCAGGCUGAUGUGGAUGGGAGUGGAUCAAUUGACUACCUUGAAUUCAUCACUGCUACAAUGCAUAGACACAGGCUAGAGAGGGACGAACAUCUUUACAAAGCCUUUCAAUAUUUUGACAAAGAUAAUAGCGGGUUUAUCACAAGAGACGAGCUAGAAUCAGCAAUGAAAGAGUAUGGAAUGGGUGACGAAGCUACGAUUAGGGAAAUAAUAUCGGAAGUUGAUACAGAUAAUGAUGGUCGGAUCAACUAUGAAGAGUUCUCCACGAUGAUGAGAAGUGGAAUGCAACCACAGGCCAAGCUAUUCUAAAGUUUCGUUUUGUUGCCAAUCUCCGACUGUUGCAAGCCAUGAGUUCUGCUCGUAGAAUAUAUAUGUGUGAACUGAGGGAGGACCACGAGUCGCAUGAGUGGUACUUCAUGCUUGCUGCCGAUUGCUUGCCGGAGAAAUGAACGUUUUAGUUCGGAUUGGUUCUGAGUUACAAGUGCAACAGUUUGUGCUGCACAAAUUGUGCAUAACAAGUCAGCAUCUCUAUUUUAUCUUGUAUUUGUCUUUGUUGUCUUGUCUACAUUCUGGCGUGUCGAUAUUUUGAGGUAAAUCAUUUUAGCUCUCAUGUUUGGCUCCGUACAUUCUUUUUCACAUUAAUAAAUGAUGAGAAAUAAUUUUUGCA